CACGCGGUAAUCUCCAUGCGGGACGGGAAGCUGUGCCUGAUGUUUCGCCUGGGGAACAUGAGGAAAAGCCACAUCGUGGAGGCUCACGUCCGGGCGCAGCUCAUCCGGCCGCACGUCACCGCCGAAGGCGAGUACCUCCCCAUGGAGCAGACGGACAUCGACGUGGGCUACGAYGAGGGCCUGGACCGCCUCUUCCUGGUGUCUCCGCUGGUCGUGGUCCACGAGAUCAACGAGAACAGCCCGCUGUACUGCAUGAGCAGCGCCGACCUGACGACGGAGGACUUUGAGAUCGUGGUGAUACUGGAGGGGAUGGUGGAGGCCACGGCCAUGACCACCCAGGCCCGCUCCUCAUACCUGGCCAGGGAGAUCCUGUGGGGCCACCGCUUCGAGCCCGUGGUCUUCGAGAAGGAGCACCGCUACCAGGUAGAUUACUCCCGCUUCCACAAGACYUACGAGGUGCCAGCUACUCCGCACUGCAGCGCCAGGGAGCUCCGGGAGAUGACGGGCCGAUCCCGCUCCCCCUCGUCUGCCUCCGGCUCUAGUUCUACCCGGUCAGUGUCCCCUCUCGGUCCCAAGUCCUCCGGCCUCCACCUCUUGCCUCCACACUCCCCCAGCGCCUUCUGCUACGAGAACGAGGUGGCCCUGUGCUGCGGGGAAGAGGAGGGGGAGGAGGUAGGGGAGAUGGGCGUGAUGCUGGGGGGGAGGGACGACGGGGAGGGGGAGGAGMGGGACGUACAACUAGACAUCUUCCAGGAGAGAUUUCAGGACCAGGUAGCGGUGGACAUGAACAUGCUGUGUGUGCUGGACAUGGACAAUCAGAUUGACCGGCUGCAGCCGGCUAUAGCUYUUGAUGCGCUGGGCUUCAGGAGGGAAUCAGGAGUGUAG